ACCGGGCUGCGAACUCAGUACCUACCAGCCUUAUGUUCGAUGCCUUAACCACGACACCACCGAGACCGGUAGUCCUAAUGAAUUGAAGAAUAUUAAAACUGCAAUAUGCUUGCACUCGGCGCAAACAGUGAUUUCCUCGAGAGUUCAAUGCGUAUGCAUUAAAACGACAACAGUUCUUUGUCACAAUGGACAUGUAUUUCAAAUUCAAACUUUGACGUUACUAUAAUUAGAUUUCGCAUUAAUAUGAUAUAAUCAGUAGCAAUUGAAAUUAUUUGGAUGUAAUUUUUGUGGGCAUGUAACUGAAGGUAUAAUCUUUUCCUUUCACAAGAAAAAAUAAUAACUUUUUUUUCUAUGCAUAGAAAGUGUGUGUGUUCGUGCGUGCGUGCGUGCGUGCGUGCUUGCUUGCUUGCUUGCUUGCUUGUUAGUUUGUUGUUUGUUGUUGUUACGACUAUUACUUGCUUUGUCGUUCGCAGCAUGGGGCGGGACGUAGCCAAAUGCUAAAGCGCUCGCUUGAUGCGCGGCUGGUCUAGGAUCGAUCCCCGUCGGUGGGCCCUUUUGGUGUAUUUCUCGUACAUACAAAAUAUCCUUUACUACUAAUGAAAAAAAAAUGUAGUGGGUUUGACUACUAAGACUAUUAUAUCAGAAUAACCAAAAGUUUGACAUCCAAUAGCCGAAGAUUAAUAAAUCAAUAUGAUCUAGUGAUUAGUCGUUAAACAAAACUUUUUUUUCCCUCACCGUUUUACUGUUAGUUACAGUGUUAGUUCUACAACCUAUAGCCGGGCUUAGUGAAGAGAAGCCCGUGGAUUCUGUGUUGGAUCCCCCAGAACUCCAGGAGCAGUGGCGAGAGUUUGAUAACGAGCACGCAGAUCUCGACUAUGGUUCCACAGAUAUGAAGCCUGAUUCCAAGAAGAAAAAGUAUCCCGUAAAACGACCCGCUAUGUCUCAAGAAGUCAACAAAGAUGAGGCUGUUAUCGACAGGCAGUUGACAAGAAAUGAAGGGAUGCUCAUGGACCUGCGUGGCCGCCCAGAGCAAGCCAGUAGCCACCAGAUUGAUCCAGAAGCUGGCGUUAACGUGCAGAUGACCAAAAACGAAGAACUCCUUAUGGAUAUGGCGGCUCCACGACCCAGGGUGAACCGGAUAGGUGCACAACCCAGGGUGAACCAGAUAGCUACUACAACUACUACUACAAAGAGACCCGAAAUCAUUGAGCAUAUAUUCAAACUACCCGUGAAAACACAGGCCAUUCUAUUUAUUUGUCUCUCAGCUUCUGCCAGCCUGAUCCUGCUAGGAUUCAUAAUUUUGGAGUGUUUGCUAGAAAAGAGGUGGAACAAAGAGGAAUGUCACCCUGACCCUGACCCUGACCCUGACCCUGAAAAGCCACGACGGAAAUCGGUAACAUUUAGUGAAUACCUUCCUACUAGAAGGUCAAUUAUGGAGUCUGAGGGAAGAUACAAUGAGGGAAAUGAAAUUGACACGGAAUCAGAAGAUUCAUUAGAUAGAUAUUAUGUACGAGAGGAUAGUGAUAAUCUUAGGGAAAAGGUGGACACAGAAUCGGAGAGUUCCGAAGAAGAAGUUGGAGAGGUUGAAUGUAGUGACGAGACUGAAUCUGGAGAAAACCUGUCACACAAUUUUAAAGAAGAAUCUGCAACUGAACUGCAAAAUAGGCAACAGUAUAAACACAGCCAAAAAGCCAAACAACAGACACUACACGUUUCUAUGGAACAACCCAAUAUUGGACUGUCAGAUAAGCAACAGUAUAGUUGCCCACAAGAACCUAACAUUGCACUGCCAGAUAAGCAACAGUAUAGUUACCCACAAGGACCUAAUAUUGGACUGCAAUAUAAGCAACUAUAUAAUUACAAGCAAGAGCCCAAUAUUACACUAUACGCUUGCAGCCAAGAAUCUGAUAGAAGUAGCCAAGAUAAGGUGUUAUACAAUAAUAGACAAAAAGCCAAUGUUAGACUGAAAAAUGCAUAUGCAUAUAAGACCUUGCAAAGGAACUACAAAGAGCCCUACAUUGCGAUCAAUGGCAAGAUAUACAGGUGCUGGGAGGAAGUUGACACCGAGCCACAAGAGAGAAAAUUGUGUCGUAACGAAGAGAUAAAUGAAAUUGCACCCAGAUCUAAAGGCCGAAAGUCUUUAAAGAAAUUUAAAUCAUGCUUCAUGAAACCUUGUGUGCUGGACUAAAGUGUAGACAGCAGACGUGUGUGCAGGGGGAGCAUUAUGGGGAUUCAACCCCAUCCCUGCUCAAGCAAUUUUUUAAAAUACAUUUUCCAGGGGAGCAUGUUUCGCCCCCCCCCCCCCCCCCUCCUAUUAGCUCGCCAGUCUACACGCCCCUGCUAAGAUUCCUGCAGACGCGCUUGAACCGGAUCAGCCUAGUGUCAGCAGACCAUAAUUUUACAGCAAAAGGCAAACAUUUUACAAGGAUGGAUUCCAGUCGAUAUAUAACAGAACUAUAUUGCAGGGAGCUGGAUUCCAGUCGACAUAUAACAGAACUAUAUUGCAGGGCGCUUGAUUCCCUCUGAAAAGUGACACUACCUCUCACACAUUUUGUGUAAAGAAAUUUUAAAGGUUUCUGUUCACUACAUGUUAACAACAUGUCCGCGAGACAUUACCUCUCACACGUUUCAUAUAGAAAAACCUUCAAUGUUUUUGUGUUCACUAUGUGUUCACAACACGUCCGUGAAACACCACCUCUGGCACGGUUCACGUAGAGAAAUCUUAAAUGUUUUUGUGCUCACUACCUGUUCACAACACGUCAUUGAGGCACUACCUCACACACGCGUAGAGAAAUCUUUAAAGUUUUUCUGUUCAUAUACGUGUUCACAACACAUCGAGACACUACCUCUCACACAUUUCGCGUAGAGAAACCUUCAACGUUUUUGUGUCCACUGUGUGUUCACAACAUGUCCGCGAGAUACUACCUCUCACACGUUUUGCGUAGAGAAAUCUUAAACAUUUUUUGUUCUUGUUCUCGAUGUGUUCACAACACAUCCGUGAGACACUACCUCUAACAGAUUUAGCAUAGAGAAAUCUUAAACGUUUUUUUUUGUUCACUGUGUGUUCACAACACGUUCGCAAGACACUCUCUCACACAUUUCACAUAGAGAAAUCUUAAACUUUUGUUUGUUAAAUACAUGUUCACAAAUAUCCACAAGACACUUCUACUUGCACAUUUCGCGUAGAAAAAUCUUAACACGUUUUUUGUUGUUGUUCACAACACGUCCGUGAGAAACUACUUUUCACGUAGAGAAAUCUUUAAAGUUUUUGUACUCAUGUGUUCACAGCACAUCGAGACACUACCUCUCACACCUUUUGCGUAGAGAAAUCUUAAAAGGAAUUGUGUUCACAACACGUACGCGAGACACUAGCUCUCACAGGUUUCGCAUUAAGAAAUCUUCAACAUUUUUGUUUUGUUUUGUUCAAUACGUGUUCACAACAUGUCCACGAGACACUACCUUUCACAAUUUUAGCGUACAGAAACCUUCAACGUUUUUAUGUUCACUGUGUUCACAACACCUCUGCGAGACGCUAUCUCUCACAUGUUUCACGUAGAGAAAUCUUAAAAGUUUUUGUGUUCAUUACAUGUUCAGAACACAUCCGUGAGACAUUACCUCUUACACGUUUCGCAUAGAGAAAUCUUCAACUUUUUUGUGUUUACAACACCUCCACGAGACACUACCUGUCAUACGUUUCACAUAGAGAAAAUUAAAAAAGCAAAAAAACAAAUUUCACUCUGUGUUCACAACACGUCUGUGAGACACUACGUCUCACCUGUUUCGCGUAGAGAAAUCUUAAAUGUUUUUGUGUUCAUUAUGUGUUCACAACAUUUGUGCAAGACACUACCUUUCACACAUUUCGCUUAGAGAAAUCUUCAACAUUUUGUUUUUUUUUUUGUUCACUAUCUGUUCACAACUGUCGAGACACUACCUCUCACACGUUUAGCAUAGAGAAAUGUUAAAUGUUUUUGUGUUCACAACACAUCUGCGAGACACUACCUCUUACCCGUUUCGCGAGAGAAAUCUUAAAUGUUUUUGUGUUGACAAACACGUCCACGAGACACUACCUCUCACAAGUUUCGUACAGACAAACCUUAAACGUUUUUGUGUUCACUAUAUGUUCACAAAAUGUCAGCGAGACACUACAUGUACCUCUCACACGUUUUGUAUAGAGAAAUCUUCAACGCUUUUUUAUUAUUAUUAUGCGUUUACACAUCCGCGAAACACUACCUAUCACAUUUUCGCGUGGGGUUUUGGGGUUUUUUUUUUUUUUUUUGAGGGGGGGGGGGGGGGGGGUUCACUUCUUGUUCACAACACAACUGGGAGAUACUACCUUUCACACAUUUGCAGAAGAUAAUUUUUCAAAUUUGUUGGGUUUUUUUUAGUUCACUACGUGUUCACAACACGUCUGCGAGACACUACCUUUCACACAUUUCGCGUAGAAAAAUCUUCAAUAUUUUAUUUUUUUUCGUUAGUUCACUACCUGUUCACAACACGUCAAGACACUGCCUCUCACACGUUUAGCAUACUGAAAUGUUAAAUGUUUUUGUGUUCCUCGGCAAAAAAAAAAAAAAAUGUCAAUAAAAACAUUAUAUAAAUGUGUUA